GGCGUGUCCGGCGGCGCGCGGAGGGGAUAAAUGGCGACGACACCUCGGCUCGUCCCCGCGCUCACUUCUUCCCCAGAGGACAGGCGGACUGAGGUGCCUUCACAAACGUGAGGACUAGACCAGAUCAGACAAAAAUGGUGAAGAUCGGAAUCAACGGAUUCGGACGUAUCGGCCGCCUGGUGACCCGUGCCGCCGCCUCCGGAGGCAAGGUCGAGGUGGUGGCCAUCAACGACCCCUUCAUCGAUCUGGAGUAUAUGGUCUACAUGUUCAAGUAUGACUCCACUCACGGUGUGUGGAAGCACGGAGAGGUGAAGGCCGAGGGCGGCAAGCUGGUCAUUGGCAACAUGCACAUCAUGGUGUUCCACGAGAGGGACCCCGCCAACAUCAAAUGGAGCGAUGCUGGAGUCGACUACGUUGUGGAGUCCACCGGUGUGUUCACCACCAUCGAGAAAGCCUCUGCUCACCUGAAGGGCGGAGCUAAGAGGGUGGUGAUCUCUGCUCCCAGCGCUGACGCUCCCAUGUUCGUCAUGGGCGUCAACCACGACAAGUACGACAACUCCAUGAAGGUCGUCAGCAACGCUUCCUGCACAACCAACUGCCUGGCUCCUCUCGCCAAGGUCAUCAAUGAUAACUUCGGCAUCCUUGAGGGUCUCAUGAGCACAGUCCACGCCAUCACCGCCACACAGAAGACCGUUGAUGGUCCCUCUGGUAAGUUGUGGAGGGACGGACGUGGUGCCUCCCAGAACAUCAUCCCCGCCUCCACUGGAGCUGCCAAGGCCGUGGGCAAGGUGGUCCCCGAGCUGAACGGCAAACUGACCGGUAUGGCUUUCCGUGUCCCCACCCCCAACGUCUCUGUCGUUGAUCUGACUGUCCGUCUGGAGAAGCCCGCUAAGUACGACGACAUCAAGAAGGUUGUCAAGGCCGCUGCUGAGGGACCCAUGAAGGGAAUUCUGGGAUACACAGAGGACCAGGUUGUGUCCACAGACUUCAACAGCGACCCUCACUCCUCCAUCUUUGAUGCUGGCGCCGGCAUCGCUCUCAACGACAACUUUGUCAAGCUGGUUUCAUGGUACGACAAUGAGUUCGGCUACAGCAACAGAGUGUGCGACCUGGUCCAGCACAUGUUCACCAAGGAGUAAAGUCCUGUCACGACUCAUCGUUCCUUCCCAUAAUUCCCUCUUCCUUCACCUGUAACUGGAUGCUGUGCCAUCCGUCUCCGGGAGCAAACUCUUCUACGACAAACUGAUGAUGAUACCUUUUUAUAUGAUAACGUCACCUCCGUUCUGUCCAGUAGUGAGGACUGCAGUAAGCAGUGUUUGUAGAGAUGAUUUUCCAUCACUGAACUGUACUGAAUGGUCUUGUUGCACUAAACAUGCAGUGGCUCCAGAUAUUAGCAUGCAAACUAAUAAAGUCCUCAGUUUGUGGAAA